GUUCGCCGUUGUUGAACCAGUUUUUUCAGGAAUUAUACAAUUUAACAAGUGCAUAUUAUUCAUCGUCGUAUUAUAUUAUUACUAUGGCGUGUUCUAAAGUGAUAAAAGUUUUGUUUUGUGUUAUUUUUGGUCUUAGUCAYUCGACAUCGUGUUAUAAACUAUCGAAAAACGAUGAGAAGUGUCCAGAAGUCAGGGCCAGAAGUAAUUGUGAUCUAGACGCAAUUAAAGGUCCGUGGAACGUGAUCGAGUACUAUGCGAGUUCCGAAGAGGUGGARAUCUACAGAUGCAUGAGGUCGACGUUCAAUUUAUCACCGGACACGCCGGAGAUUUCCAUGGACUUUACGUACAGCUWCGCGGACGACCCGGACAACGAGAUGCUAACCGGAAACAUCACGUGGAAUAUACCAAGCUUCGAAUUUCCCGGUCAUUGGGUUCACAUGGAAACACCAUGUAUGGCACAUUAUAAUAUUACAUAAUUGAUAAAAGAGUAU